AAUGACCUCUAAAGGACUACAACUCCCAGGCAGGAGGAGGGCACUUCACGUCGAACGCACGAGCCCUCACCGCAACAGCAGCAGCUGGUGCAGCCGAGGACGUUACUUUGUUACAGCGGAUCUACCGGAGAGAAAACGGCGGAGCAAGACCUCACGGAAAAGUGUAAACAGUUAGGGGAAAACGGCGCAACCAAACGCCUGUUGCCGGGAUUUGGCGGUGGCAGCUGUUUUAUGAACUUGCCAGCGGAUUUGAACGUUAUCUUUUGGCCGAAAAAAUAGGUCUUUCUCAAAGUUGAGCCGAAGAGGAGUUCUCUGGUUCAGGAUGUCGGACUGAGACAAAGGGGUCUGGGGGGCAUUCCCGUCGUAGCGCAGGUAAAACUUGAUUCUUGAAGUCUCCUCUGGAUGGGAAAGAUGGAGAGAGAGUUGCAAUGGUGGAAAGGACAGCUAGCUGCAGAUAUCCAUCAAUCGCUCCGCAUCAAGGAGCUGAAGCUACCGGUCUACCGAGCCCACUCUCCACAGAUUGGUAUGCGGCGGUACUUUGCAGACUUGUUGGCCAUCCUGAGUAAUCGCUACCAGCUAUGUCCUACAGCGCGACACCUAGCCGUCUACCUGCUGGACUUGUUCAUGGACCACUACGAUGUGGCGGUCAAGCAGCUCUAUGUCAUCGCCCUCUCUUGUUUGCUCCUAGCUAGUAAAUUUGAGGAGAAGGAGGACCGGGUUCCCAAACUGGAGCAGUUGAACUCUCUUGGCUUCAUGUGCAGCCUGAACCUGGUUCUCAACAAGAAGGAUCUGAUCAAAAUGGAGCUUCUGCUGCUCGAGACCUUUGGCUGGAAUCUGUGCAUGCCCACACCCGCCCACUUUAUUGACUACUACCUCCAUGCCUCGGUACAGGAGGGCGACCUAUACAACGGCUGGCCCCUCUCCUCCCUCUCCAAGACGAAGGCUUUCAUGGACAAAUACACUCACUACUUUCUGGAAGUCUCACUGCAAGACCACGCCUUCCUGAGUUUCCGACCAUCCCAGGUUGCUGCUGCGUGUGUGGCAGCAUCUCGUAUUUGUCUUCAGAUUUCCCCAAGCUGGACAACUGCUCUGCAUCUACUGACAGGCUACACCUGGGACCAUCUCACCCAAUGCAUUGAGCUCAUGCUGCUUGCUCAUGACAACGACGUUAAGGAGGCCAACAAGAGCAAAUCCACUCCUCCUCACCGGCCCUCCUCUCUGCAGUCUCAGCCCCAGACAUCUCACCUCUCUCCAAUGUCAGCCAUCCAGAGACCAGCCUCUUCCUCCUCCUCCACCUCCUCCACACCACAGCUGCUCUUUCAGCCGGACGGCUUCCCACACAUUUCCCAGCAUUCCCCGUCCCUGUCCCAGCUGCACGUGCUAGCUGACUCCCAGGCUUUGGGGCCUGUGGUGAACAUGUCUCAGGACUUCCUUCAGAGCCACAGGAUGGGUCUCCUAACCGGGGCUCCUUCCAUGGCUCCUGGGGGUGGGUUUCCCUCAUACCCAAGCCUGACCUCAGGUCUCCAGCCGGGGGCUCGUGCGCUGCCGCUACAGGGCCCCAUUUCUGUGCAGAUGGCCCUCGCUGGAGAGCCGCGCCACUGUCUGAGUAUGGCCUACAGCGGGGGCUACCUGGGGGGUCAUCACACUUUCACAGCGGGCUGCUUUGACAGGUGACGCCAGGAGACGGAGAGGGAACACAAACCCAUGCGGGAGUGCACUGCUAUGUUUCCGAGCCAAUUCCCUACCCCAAAAUAUCCUUUUGCAGACCUCCUCUCUCUCUCCGUCAGCUCCGCAACACCUUCCGCUUGUCCAACCCCCUCUACCCACACACAGAGACGCCUCAAACGCAAGCAGAGGUCCAAAGGCAAGACAGACCCGGUGGAAGUCAUCACACUAACGUGACAAAAGCGCCACCACCUUGAAGUAAUGAGGCAUUGCAAAAAUGUUAUUGCCAUAUUCUGAAAUGGUUUUAUAAAUCUGUGUUAUUUUGAGACUGUCAUCACUGUGAAUGAGAUGAAAGCAGCAGUGUGAUCUAACACCCACCUCAUUCAGUGCCUGUUCUCAGUCGUGUGAUGACUGAGCCAAUUUUAGAAGUGCACAGAACACAAAGUAUCUGUGAUAAGGAUAUCUUGCUGCUUGACAUAAUUUUUUCUUUCUUUUUCUUAUCCCAAAAAUUGAACAUGUUAGCGAAGAAAAAUUGGCUGGUGUUUUUUUUCUUCUUGAGUCACCAUUUGAGACAUAGAAGAAGAAAUACAGGCUCUUCGCUGAGUGUCUGCGAACUCCUGUAGUCUCUGUUGGAACUGAAAGGCCCCUCUGGGAAAUCCUCACCACAUAAGCCCUCGGAGGGGACGAAGAAUUCAUUGCUUUGAGCGCAGCUGGAGUGCAGUUUAAGUUUUUCUUUACUCUCUGUCCUCGUCGUCUCUUCUCUCCCAUCUCCAAAGUCGAGCCUUGUGGCAGAGCCAUCACACCCCCGGGUGAAAAUGUGUCUCUCUGGCAGCUGCAGGCUUUGUCAUACUAAAGUUUUAAUUUCAGUGUCUCCGGCACAGCUCAAAGAAUUUAACAAACUCAUGUGACUGGACCAGCAUGGUGAAGGAGACGUGGACGUUGUUAGUGUAUUGUACAUAUGAAUUGCUGCUGCCUUCUUAUGAACUGUUGGUUCUAUGUCUGUGUUAAUGACUCCAAUGUUUACAUGAACCACUAAGUAUCAGGGACUUGAACAAGAUUACUUGAAUAUGAUGCCAUUGAAACAUGCCAUAGCUUUUAUUUAUGAUGAUUAUUUCUUUCAAUUUAAUUUUUGUUUGCUAUAGUGUAGCUUUUUUAUACCAACUUAGAAACACACCAUUGAUUGAUUAUAGUUUUCUUUGUUCAUAGAAACUGUUUAUUCAUGCUCAGGUUUCAAGGCUGAAACUAGCAGUCUUCCUAUUAUUCUGUGCUAUUAUGCUUUAAAGUGGAUGCUAGUGCAGCAUCUGUGGGGGCUGGAAUAUUCCCCUUCUUCAUCACUGGACCAUACUCUGCUGACAAGUCAGUAACUGAAUGCAUGAAGCAGUCUGUUUGCAUCGUCGUGGAACAACCUCAUAGUCACAGCUUUCACACAUCUGUGGGCAGUCGACGGUAAUUGCUUCCCAGAUUUCUAAAGCUGCAAUCCCCAAUCUUCCACUUCCUGUUAACGUAUAAACACAUCCAGACUCCCAGUGUCGGUCACAGGGGUCGCCCACUGGUUACCAUGGUGAUACCUUAAAUGACUAUGGACCCCAAGGACUGGGAUGUCAGAGACUGAAUUAGGAAUUAAACAAAUUAUCUUUUUCAUUACUGAUGAAUCUGCUGAUUAUUUUCCUCGAUAUAAGUAAAAAUAAAAAAAGACAAAAUUGCCAAUUAUAGUUUCCCACAGCUCAAUGUGAUGUAUUCAAAUGGCCUGUUAUAUUCGACCUGCAGUCCUAAACCCCCCAAAAAUAAGUGAUUAUUACUUACUAAAGAAAAGCAUAAAAUUCUAGAAACUGGAACCAGAUAAUUUUUGUGCAUUUUUGCUUGAAAUUACUUAAAAUUAUAAAAAUUUUAUCGAUCAACUAUUCAAUUAAUCCUGUAAUCCUUGCAGCUCUUCUGUGGACCGCACCUAACUGGGAUGAUGUUGUCUGAGUUCGGACAGAUUUGCUGUGGACAUCGGACACCGUACAAUGUCGUGCCUUGUCCUCAGCAGUUGCCGUGCUUGAGCUGUGAAUCUUAUAUUCAUAUUCAGACGUGCAUUUCUCAGAUGACACUAAAUGAUACAACUCAAUGAAGCUUUCUGAAACUCUAAUGAUCACAGAUCAUCAACCCUUUUUACAGCUAGACAUCUGUUUUAUUCCCAUCACUAAGAAGGACAUGCUAAUGUGCUUCCCAGUGAUCUGAACUAAGAUACGUUGCCUUUGUUUUAACUUUGUAUGUACAGUUUUGUUAUAUUUUUUACAUUCCUUUUUCAGUGUAUUUUAGUUAAAGCUUUUUGUGAUUCUCCUGAUGAAUGCCGUUGGUGUGAACUAGAUUUUUGAUUUUAGAGUUCAACUUGCUCUUUUCCUCAUAAUUCAUGAUCAACUUCUCACUGAGGUGUCAAAGGUGCAAUAUGUUGUUCUGUUUAAACUGACCACAGCCAUCACUGUCUCGUGUACACCACUGGUUCAUCUUUUGUAACUUAUUUUUGAUAAUUGUGUGAUUUGACUUGCUGAAGCUUGAUCUCCUCUAGAGGACAGUGGUGUCUGCACACAAUGAAUAUGUUGCAUAUUGCAGCCACCUCCUUUGAGUGAUAGAUAUUACUGAAUGCUUUUGUCUUUUAGCUAGAGAUGCAUUUUUCCCUCCCGUGAAAGGUGCUGAUGUCACUCACACCAAACAACACUUGGCUAAUGUGAUAGUAAUGAAACCACAAACAUCACAAACUUCCAAUUUAUAUUUUUGUAUUAUUUUGUACCAAUAUGUAGUCUUGGUGUAUGUGACACUGAAUGAUAGAAGGAGUUAUUUUAUCAUCAUGUGCCACAGAAAAAUAAACACACAAGUGAACGGAGUUUCUGAGGGGUGAGUUUCUUGACCAGAGUGCCUGCAGCUUUUAGGAAAAUGACGGUUUCCACUGCAUUACUCCAAUUGGUUGAAAGACAAUGCAGCAGCUCCAGUGAUGAGCCUCGCAGGCUUUACACACAAUCCUCCAGCUAUGUGGUCAUGCUGUCAAUGCAACACAUCAGUCUUUUAAACGGUGUAACACUAAGCCACUAAAGCCAGUGGUGAACUGUAACUAAGUACAUUUACUCUGCUCUGUACUUAAAGACCAUUUUUACAAUUAUAGUAUUUCCAUUUU